AUGCUCGCCGGGAUCGUUUACUGCACGCGGGUCGUCGGAGUCGAGGUCAUUCUCCCGGUCAACGAGCGCGAGGAGCAGGGUGACGAGGACGACAAGCGCUUCCGUCAGGUGCGGGACGAGUAUCUCGCCGAUGGCACUUACAGUGUAAUGAGCAAAAUGCUCAGUCUGUUGGCGUACGGCAAGAGCGUGGCGAUGAGUCACAACAACGCCGGCAUGAUCUCGUUCUCACUCAACCGGACCGUUAUGAACUUUCGCGGCAAGCCGAUCAAUCUUAAGAAGUUUAGUAGAAUGGUUCAAGACGUCAUCGCCAAGGCGGAGGACAGGUUAUGGGGGGAGUUGAUGUGGACGAAGCGGGACGAUCGCUUCGAGAUCCCGUUAGAGAGCUUGGUCGACGACGUCACGUUCACGAAACGAGGUGUCUCGUUCAUCACACAUGGCGAGAAUGGAUUAACCGACAAGCGGCAGUGGAUGCUGGAGCAAGCAUUCGCACACGCGCAAGAGAAAAAGCUGCGCCGAGGAGACUCGUGGGCAAAGCUGGCCGUACGACAGUAUCUUCGAGAGAUCGACCGCUUCCGCGAGCUGCUUCUCUUCUGCGUUCACGUCACCGGGGGUCAGCCGGCGCGAGGGUCGGAAAUCACAACCGUACGGUUCCGGAACGGGUACAUGCAAGACCGCAAUGUGUUCGUCAUACAGGGGCACAUGGUGAUCGUCACCCGCUAUCACAAGUCACAGUCGCAGUUCGACAAGCCGAAGGUGAUCCCGCGAUUUCUGCCGUGGAAGGUCGGACAGCUGCUAGCGGUACAUCUCGCGUACGUGCAGCCGCUACAGCAGUAUCUGGGAGAAAGGGUGCGAGAGCUUGGCGUCUCCGACUACGUCUGGUCGAGCGAGUUUGGACCGUGGGGCACCGACCGAUUGACGAAGAUCAUCGCGCGAGAGACGGAGAAGGCGUUGGGUUGGCGCUUAACGACGCUGGACUAUCGACAUGUGGCGAUCUCACUCGGGAGAGAGAAGGUUGGGGAUCAAUUCGCACAGGGCUAUGCCGAGCAGAGCGACGAGGUCGAGGAGCCGGAGAUGGACGAAGACGAUGGGCUGGAGAUUUCGGCCGGGCGUGGCGGCGAGAUUGGGGCGAAUCGGUACGGGGUGUCGCUAGAGGUAAUCAAACAUCUCAGCAGCCGCUCAAUCGAUACGUUCCGGCCGCUGAGCAUGCAGUGGCACCGCUUUCUGGGGCUCGAGAGCUCGCGGCAGGGUAGCGGCGUCGGACAGAAGCGUGAUGCGCACAUGCGUAGCGAUAGUUCCGGGGUGAGCGGCGAGGUCGAGUACGAACGGCGAAAGCAGGCGCUCAUGUUUCUCAACAACGGCAUUCACGGCUGGAUGGAGAUGCUCGAGGGAUUCCGGCAGCAGCCGGUACCGAGCAACAGCGUGCCGGUCAGCAGCGAGCCGAGUCACGGUCGAUCGACGCCGUGUGCCCCGAUCGAUCCGCAGCUCGCACCGCUGCCGCGCCCGCCGAGCACGCCGUACGUGGAUGGAGUGGGAGGACUCAUCACGCCGGGAGAGUCGCAAGGGCUCGAGACGUCUCCGCUGUGGUACCGCUCUCAUAUGACCGCCCCCGUCGGGACGCGGCCGGCGAUUGGUGAGGCGGAGAUGAAGCAGGCGAUGAGGAAAGCACUUCGACGGGACGACGUGUCGUUCAGGUCGGACAAGCAGCGCGAAGCACUCGAGUCGAUCAUGAAGAAGGACGAUUUCAUCCCGCUCGUGGUGGUGCUCCCGACCGGCGGUGGAAAGAGUCUGCUAUUCACGGCGCCGGCGUGUCUCGACGAUCCCGGGGUGACCGUCGUCGUGGUGCCGUACCGGGCGUUGCUGAACCGCUUACUGCAGACGGCACAGGAGGCCGGCAUCGACUGCUUCGAGUGGAAGAGGGGUGAGGUGAACCCGGCGGCGCUCGUGUUCGUCAGCGCGGAUGUCGUGCAGCCGUUCAUGAGCUACGCGCGAGUGAUGGAGGGCAAGGGGCUGUUGCGGCGAGUGUUCGUGGACGAGAGUCAUCUGACGUUCACGUCGAGCAACUGGCGAGCGAAGCUGACGACCGUCCGACUCGUGCGUGGGCUGCGGGCGCCGACGAUCAUGCUCACGGCAACGCUCCCGGUCAUGCUCGAGUUCGAGUUGGAGGAGCAGAUGGCGGCGCACAUGGCGCGAUACAUCCGCAUGGUCACGACGCGGCCCCGGACCCGAUACACGGUCGACAUGUGCGCGGCGGGCAAAGGGCCCGAGCGAACGCGGGAAGUCUGUCGUCGGAUGACAAAGCAUCUCGGGGGGCGGAGAGGAGUAGUGUACAGCCGGAGCCGGCAGGGGUGCGAGAGGCUCGCGGAAGAACUCGAGUGCGCGUACUAUCACGCCGGCGCCGUCGACAAUCAGGAGCGUUUGGACCGCUGGCUAGAGAAAGGAGGCUUGAUCGUGGCAACUUCGGCGCUCGGGACCGGCGUGGACUUCCCCGGGGUGGUGUUCGUGCUGCACACCGAUAUCCCGUACGGGAUGAUCGAUUUCGCGCAGGAAUCCGGACGGGGCGGACGUGCGGGCGAAGACGUGGACUCGUUGAUCGUCGUGGAGGAAGGGCGGGUGGAGACGCUGGCGGAGCUGAGCCGAGGGGUGGGAGGGAUCGAUCAGCAGGUCAUGGACGAGUUCAUCACGACGCGAGAGUGUCGCCGGCUGAUCAUGAGCCGCUAUCUCGACGGGCAGGAAAUUCAUUGCGAGAGCGAAGGUGGGAUGGCACGGUGCGACCGAUGCGGAGGUGGUCUCACCUAG